AUGGAUUUCCUAAAGUCGGCGGUUGCGUCUGCAAUAUCAAAAGGCCCUGCAUUUGGUUACACGUUUGGUGAUCGGGUCGACUUGAACGACUCCAUCUGGACACUGCACAACGGCACAAAGCGAGAAGACGGCUCCAAAUGCAGCAUUUUCUCCUUCGAUAUAACCGCCAACAAAUCGCGAUUACCCCUCGCUCGCAAUGCGCUGCGCAAGCUACGAACGCUGCGUCAUCCAGGGGUUGUGAAAGUCCUAGACACAGUAGAGACGGAGACUUAUAUCUACAUUGCGACUGAGCGACUCAGCCCACUGAGCUGGCAUGUCAAGAGAAAGAGCCUGACGGAAGAAACCACUAAAUGGGGGCUACACAACAUCGCGAAGACGCUCAAGUUCGUAAAUGCCGACGCUGCGUCCAUACAUGGCUGCAUCCGUCCGGCAUCGAUAUUCUUUAGCGAAAGUGGCGAGUGGAAACUUGGCGGCUUCGAUGCGCUGAGCUCCGUGAAGGAGGAUGAUUCAAUACUACCGACCUAUGGUGGUCUCAUACCAGAUGCAGGACGGUACAUGGCGCCCGAGGUUUCGAAGGGAGGGUGGGAGGUUGUCAAACAGAACCCGACGCAUGCGGUAGAUGCAUACAACUUUGGUGUUCUCAUCUUCGAGGUCUUCAACGGCAGCUACAACAGCAGCGAGCAGUUAGGGCAAAUGAAGAGCAUUCCUCCAACCAUGCACCAGUCAUACAAACGCCUUCUCAACCCGAAUCCAAAGUCACGCAUGAGCGUGGGCCAGUUCUUGGACCAGGGAAAGCGCAUAGGAGGCUUCUUCCAGACGCCUUUGAUCCAGGUCACAGACGAUAUUGAGAAUCUGGGACUGAAAGCAGAGGAUGAGCGAAACGAGUUGCUUGGAAAGCUUGACGCGGUCGCAGACGACUUUCCUACAGACUUCUUCAAGAUGAAGGUUCUUCCAGAGCUACUCAAAUCAGUCGAGUUCGGAGGCGGAGGCGCCAAAGUCUUUGGCACUGUCAUGCAGAUAGGGCAGAAGCUGUCAGAUGACGAGUACGAGACUCAGAUUACGCCAGUUGUGGUGCGACUCUUCGGAAACCCAGAUCGAGCGAUACGCGUCUGCUUGUUAGACAACCUGCCGCUUAUGAUUGACCACUUACCUCAGAAGCUUGUCAACGACAAGAUCUUCCCACAGAUGGUGACUGGCUUUUCAGAUAUUGCGCCCGUAGUGAGGGAACAGACCGUAAAGGCUAUCCUCACAGUAGUACCCAAGCUGUCGGACCGGGUAGUGAAUGGUGAGCUUCUUCGUCAUCUGGCAAAAACCGCGAACGACGAGCAGCCUGGCAUUCGGACGAACACCACAAUUUGUCUAGGCAAGAUCGCGCGCAAUUUGGGAGCCAGUAGUCGAGCCAAGGUUCUUGCUGCUGCAUUCUCUCGCUCGCUACGUGAUCCGUUUGUGCACGCUCGGAAUGCUGCCCUCCUGGCACUGGCCGCAACAGCCGAUCUCUUUAGCGAGGAUGAUUGCGCAACCAAACUCCUUCCCAUCAUGUGUCCGUCACUGGUGGACAAGGAGAAGCUCAUUCGUGAUCAGGCGCAGAAGAGUGUUGAUAUCUACAUCGCACGUAUCCGCAAAUUUGCCGCCACAAUGCCGGACACGGUACUCCCACCACCAGGCCUCGCGUCUGGCGGAGAAUCCACUCCACGCAUAGGGACCCCUGCCAAUGGUACCUCGUGGACUGGUUGGGCUAUAUCAAGCUUCACCAACAAGCUGGCAUCAACAGCUGGCGAGAUGCAAGCCAGCUCAACAACCAACGGAGUGGAUCAAAGAUCGUCUUCAGUACCGCCAGCUGUUACUACGACCAACAAACCGCCAGUCCCAAUGUCGACAAAGCCAGGGAUGCCCCUUCAUAGCGCCAAGAGUACUGCAUCUAUUCCUACCAUAAAGUCACCAGACCCAGCAGCGGCCUUUGAUGACGAGGCAGAGGAUUUCAACAAUGACUGGGGCGGCUUUGCUGAUGAAGAGGACAAACCACAAGAGGAAGAGGAUCCAUGGGGCACACCAGCUGUGUCGAAGCCAGCAUCUACGACGUCAUAUGACGACAAAGGCGAACCGGACUUUGCUGGUUGGUUAGCAGCACAAUCCAAUGCGAAGAAGCCAACGAAGAAUGCUCUUCCAAAGGGUCUUACUAAAUCAGCAACGCCAGUAGCAAAGACAGCGAGGCCGGCGGUUGGAAGCAGAUCGAGCACAACAGGAACAACGAGGAAAGUCAUUGUGCCGCCAAAGAAAGAGGUCAAGAAAGAAGAACCGAAAGCCAAUGAAGACGAAGAAGAAGGCUGGGGUGAUGCCUGGUAG